AAGUGAUUUACAGUAUAAUCGUAAAUCUCGAAAAACUACUUACUUCUAAAUCUUUUGUAGUCAUUUUUGUAUUACUUUAGUAUAAAUACAUGUUAAUUUGGAUUCAUAUGUUGUUUUUUUCUGACUUUAUGUGAACGAAAAGACACAAAUUCGCCCGUUUUCUCAUUGGAAAUAGGCAAAUUUCAAAAUAUCACUGUCCUGGUCACAAAAGCAAAGUUUGUGGGGAAUAAUAGCCAUUUUCUAUACUUUUGAGGCAUAAGCAAUUAGGAAAUAACACUUACUACUCAGGAACAAAAAUUGUGUUACAUUACAGACGAUGGGUAUUAAAUCUUUACAGUGCAUCCCUUGGGAAGUAAGACAAAAAUAAUCACAGUAUGCAUUGACACCAGAGUACUCUUAAUAUUAGAGUACAAACAGCAAAUGGUGUGUGUGUUUUUUAAACAUUUUGUUUCAAUAAAAAUACACAUGGUUGAUAAGUAUAGAUGAGUUUACAGGACACUCACUAAUGUGGACUGGUUUGGGCAACUUCUAGUACAAAAAACAAGAUAGCGCUCAGAUCAAUCAGAGUAGCCACCAUGGUCAUUGUGCUGUUUAACUGUAGGAGUGAUUGCUCACAGAAUUAGAAAUAAAAGUAUGAUUGUAUAAUACAAUCUAAAUAAAUCCAAUGUUUAUUUAAGACUACCUAUUCAAUUAUUAUUCAACAGUAAUAUCACCUAUGUGUAUUUAGGUUUCAAACAUUUUAAAACACAAUGUCCAAUGAAAUUAUAUUUAUAUAUAUAUAUAUAUAUAUUUUAGCUCAAAGAGCAUAUAAUGUACUUUUGUGUAUACAGUAUAUAAAUUAGGUAAUGUUCCCUGGAGUAAAAGAUUAGACCUCUUGCCACACCUACUCUGUGGACUCUAGACUUUACACAAGUUACUAGCUCACUUGGUCCUGCCUACUCUAUCUUCCUCCAUCCCAUGGAAACCUCCCUAUGAAAUUACGGAAGGACUAAAAGGUAAAAAGUUGUCAUGUCCUUAAACAUUAUGUCUCCCUAAUGUUUUCUGAGAGGUGUUUAAUGCAGACCAACGUUAAUCAUAUCCUGUAACUAUCACUGUCACUGUUAUCUGCUGUAUUAUUGAAUUGUAUUUUGUCACACUUGUACUUGCUUGAACCAAAGUCAUUGUAUUUAUCUUGCUCUUAUUGUAUUAUUACUUGUACUGUAACACUUGAAAUGUAUUUGCUUACGAUUGUAAGUCGCCCUGGAUAAGGGCGUCUGCUAAGAAAUAAAUAAUAAUAAUAUACCCUCCCUCAUGACCCCUAGGUUAACAAGCUCAUCCGCUCCUCCAAUCCGCAGAUGGCACGCCGUUUCCCAUCCGGGUCAUUGAGUUUGGGUACCGUAGCUCCGUCCCUUUUCUAGAUGACCGACUUCCAUCUAACCCAAGGAAUAAAUUGUCAUGCCAUUUAGUUAAGGGUACUCUGUUCCUUUUACACAGUGCCCUCAUAGGUCGGGCGUGAGAUCUAACACCAAGAAUCAUUUGAUCUCUGUCACAGUCAUACAUAAAAUACAUGUGUAUGUAUUAAAAACUGUGAAUAUAAACAUGCAUUUUCUAUACCAUCUAUUAAAAUGCAUGUGUAUAUGUAAAAGGUGUGGAUUUUGUGGCCCGCGAAUCCAACGUUAAAUUAAGAUAUGCCCCUUGGUAAAACUGAGUUUGACACCCCUGUUCUAAAGUAAAUAGUUCAAUAUUAUACUGUAUUAUGUGAUUCCAGCAAAUAUAUGCUUUAAUAUUUAUGUAUUUGUCUAAAUUAGUAUAAUUUUUUUUUUAUGAAAGAAAAAAAUGGAGUCAAAGGGUUAAAUAGAUGGCUCAAUUUCAAAUCAUGUUUACAUGUCAAUGAUUGUUCCACUUGUUCAUGUGAUACUGGUAUCACGGAAAAAGUGAGGCUGUGCAAUCAAUAUUCUUCAGUUAUCAUGGCCACCCCCAUAGAAAGAGAACCAUGUGAUGUACCUGGGGUGGAAAGCUCCAUCCUAUUGUGUAACCUGUUAAACAUCUACCUGGCUGGCUUAUAAAAUGAGUCCUGCCCACCUAUAAUUCAUAAUUCAGUACUUCCACAUUUUACCCUCGAGUGAUUGCUUCUGAGACUCAUUUAGAAACUACAUGGAAAUGGAAUCACAAGACAAAAGAAUUAACCACAGCCAGCAGCAUUUAGGUGGAGAAAUUCAAAAUGGACUGGGAUGUUGUGGCUGGAUCCUGGUUAUCAUCUCGUACAUGUUGGUAAUAAUAACCUUCCCCCUUUCGAUAUGGAUGUGCAUUAAGAUUAUUAAGGAGUAUGAGCGUGCUGUCAUAUUCAGGCUUGGACGUAUUACCUCAGGAAAAGCAAAGGGACCAGGUAUAUUCUUUGUCCUGCCAUGUACUGACACUUUUGUAAAAGUGGACAUGAGAACGAUUUCAUUUGAUAUUCCUCCUCAAGAGAUUCUGACCAAAGACUCAGUGACUGUCUGUGUUGAUGGAGUGGUUUACUUCAGGGUUUCUUCUGCCAUCGCCUCAGUGGCAAAUGUAUCAGAUUCAGACCAGGCCACACGCUUACUGGCUCAGACUACCCUGAGAAACGUCCUUGGAACAAAGAACCUGUCUCAGAUCUUAUCUGACCGAGAGGAGAUUGCACAUAACAUGCAGGCAACACUUGAUGAAGCCACAGACAAUUGGGGUAUAAAAGUGGAGCGUGUGGAGAUCAAGGAUGUCAAACUGCCUUUGGAGAUGCAGAGAGCUAUGGCAGCUGAGGCUGAAGCUACCAGAGAGGCUAGAGCCAAGGUUAUUGCAGCGGAAGGUGAGAUGAAUGCCUCCCGAGCCCUCAAGGAAGCCUCCUUAGUGAUAGCCGAGUCUCCAUCAGCUCUACAGCUGCGAUACCUCCAAACCCUGACCACCAUUGCCUCUGAGAAGAACUCCACCAUUGUCUUUCCCCUGCCUAUUGACUUACUGCAAGGCUUUAUGUCAAAGGGGAAAUAACUGCUGUCUGUUUGUGACAAUUACCGGUCUUCAUUUCAAUAGGAUGGCACAGGGUUUAAUUGGACAUUAACUCUUUAUGUAAUGUUGUAAUCUACAAAUUAGGAACUAUUUAAGAUAAAUA